GUCAAAGAGGUGUUGAGAAAAAAUGAAGAUCAAUUAAAAAAAUUGAGAGCAGAAAAUACGAAAUCAUUCAUGUUAGCUGGUGUAUUGAUAUUUUUAUGUUUCUUACUAUACGGAUUUUAUAAUAUUAUUACUAAUACUAGCAUCACCUAUAAAACCGAAGAAUAAUCUUGAUUAUUUUAAAAAUUUAAUCAUGACAAAAUGAUAUUUAUCAUUAUAUCUCAUAUAUUCUAGACAUAAACAAAUCCAUAAAUGUGUGGUGUUCAGUAACACAACAAAUGUAUCGUUUGUCGCCAUUUUGUUCCAUUUGUGGCCACACACUGUACUAAUCUGAAUGUUACAUACAUCUUUAUUUUUAAUAUUCGAUUUACAAAUAUUGAUCUAUUUUUAAAUUUCACAAUAUUCAAAUUAUUUAUUUUUAAGAUAUAAGAAUGCCACCGAUUGGAGAAGAUAGUCCAGAACCAUCUGAAAAUAUUUCAGCAAGUGAAGUAAUUGAUUCUGCAAAUGAAGAAAAUUCAAGAGGUGUAAAAAGGAAAUUUUUUUUAUAUUCUCCUGAAGAUCUUAAAAAAGCUUUAGCGGCAGUGAGAGAAGGGGCAACAACUUCAAGUGCGAGUAGAAUGUUUAAUGUUCCCCGUUCAACUAUACGAAAUAAAAUUAAUGGUACUUCUCCUGAAACUUCAGGACGAACAGGACGUGAGAGUGUUUUAGGACCUGAAAUUGAACAAAUCCUCGAAGAAUGGCUUUUAGAGUCGAGCGAAAAAGGAUUUCCUAUCAAUAAAGAUUGUUUAGUUUACUCUGUUAAACAAUUAAUGGAUGCUGAUGAAGUAGAAACACCUUUCACGAAUAACCUUCCUGGAAGGAAGUGGUUCGAAGGAUUUCUUAAACGCCAUCCACGUGUAGCUCAAAAAAGGGAUGAACAAUUUUUUAAACCAAAAGAAAUAGUCACUGAAAAACACAUAAGAUUAUGGUUUUCUCGUGUCAGGAAUGAAUUUAGAGAUAAAUCCGAAAUAUGGAAUGAUCGGCGACGUGUUUUCAGUAUGGAUGAUACGGCGGUAUAUACAUCGCUUAAAGGUUUUGUAUUAGCAAAAAGAGAUAAAACUGUAUUACCUAAAAAUUCAUGUACAUCUAAUGAUGAACAAGUCUCAGCAUUAUUUAUUGUCAAUGCAGCUGGAGAAUAUGCUCCACCUUUAACAUUACACAAAUAUGAGGAACUAUCGAAAAUUCCUCUUCAAGCUGCUUUAAAAAAUUGGGAAAUUGGAAAACCUGAUACUACUUGGAUGAUAUACGAAGCAUUUUAUGAGUAUUUUAGUAAUACUUUCUAUCCAUAUUUAAUUAAAAAUAAUAUUCAGUUACCAGUCGUCGUUUUUGUUGACGGUCAAAUAGCUCAUAUGUCUCUAUAUUUAAGUAGAUUUUGUAGAGAUCAUGAAAUAGAAUUGUGUUGUAUUCCGUCUAAUGCAUCUCAUAUUUUACAACCUUUGGAUGUAGCUAUUUUUUCACCUUUAAAACGAAAGUGGAAAUCAUAUGUUGAAAAUUUUCGCGCAAGCGAUCUACGUGAUAUUCAAAAAUAUCAUGUCCCAUCACUACUAUUAAGCUUUGUGGAACAACAGAAUAUUAAAAUUAUUAUUAAAACAGGUUUUAAAUGUAGUGGUUUAUACCCAUUUAAUGUAAAUGCCAUAGAUUAUACGAAAUGUAUUGAGGAUGCAAAACAACAAAAAAGCGGAAAAAAUACACGAAAAAACAGUGAUCAUUCAUCACCAACGACCAGUACUAAUACUACUAAUUCCAAACAAUUGACUCACAGACAAUAUAUAGAAAAAUUUAUUGAUCCCGUUGUAUUAACACGAUUUAAACAACUUAAAGGUUUAAACAAACGAUGGGAUAUAAGUGAAUCUUAUUCAGCUUUAUAUGAAUUGUGGAGUAAAGCACUCGAUGAUGAAGUUAAACAAGAAAUUGAAAUGGCUACUACUAUCGUAUCAGAAACUUCAGAACUUGAAGCAUUAAAUUUCAAAGGAAGUGUUAUAUUUGAAUUACCAUUUUUUGACUCUCAUUCUUGAAAAAAUGACAUUAUUUUUCGAAUUUAACUGUAUUUAUAUUAUUAUCGUUUUUGUUUAUAUCCUGUAAAUAAAGAUUGUUCUCGCUAAAUGUAGAUUUUUUAUUUUUAAUUUUUAUGAUUGAAAUCUUGCUUUAUUAAUAUUUAUUUUUAAUUAAAAUUGAAGGACAUUGUUAGAAUAUCUUGAAAGUGUCGUUUUUAUAAGCUCAUUACCAGAUAGUUCAUGCCGAAACCCUAUAGACUUUAUUGCGUAUGCAAAAAUUAUAAUCAAUGCAUUAAAAAAAAUUAAAUCU